UUGGAUUCGAUGUAGGUAACUCUGACAUAUGUUUUCAUGCAAGCACGUGUAGUAUUUGUUUACGUUCCCCACAGUUCUAUAUAAAAGUUAAGAUUUAAUUUUUAUUCCAUACACAAUACGCAAAGAGAAAAUGUCGACAGAAGACGAAUUUUUAAAUUGGCUGCGCCGCAGUGAACAAAGUUUUCUGGACAAUUUUAAAUUUGCCUUGAAAGCUUGGAGUUCGGCCGAAUUUACACUUUCAAGUAAAUACGACAUAGUUUUAAAUUGGUUAUCCACAGAAGCUGUGAAUAUUCCGUUGGAACAAAUGCCUUUUGAGGAGUUUACUGAACUGCUGCAAAUGCGCGCCCAACCGGGUCUUAUUGCACAAGCUACAAAGAAGAAAUUUGUUGAAAUGAUUAUUCAAUUAGCCAGCAAAUGGUCUGAAGAUAAUAAACUAGAGAAAAAUUAUGCUUGGUCAAAACUUUUGUAUCACCUGUGUGACUUUGAGGUUUUACAAGAUUUAUAUCGUACAGAUUAUAAGAUACAUGCUCGAGUCUAUUCUACAUUACUGAAUUGCUAUGAAUUACACUUAACGCAAUUUAAAUCAUCGAAGGGACAUAUUAAUUCCACCACAACUAAAAUCAUAAAUGCCGCAAACGAAACCAAAUAUUUUGCCAACAUCGUUGGUAAUUUACGAGAUCACAUUAAAAGGACGGGUGAUACCGCCCGUUACGACAAAUUUUAUCGAUCGUAUGUUUUGCAGCCGCUUGUCCGUGUGAUUCUAACGCUCCGCACACAUUCGCUUUGUUUCUUCGAUGAAUUAUUACAGUUAGAACGUCUGCUGACAGAUGAACUACAAGACGAACCACUAGUACAACGUGUAAUGCAGUUGCCGCUAUUCGUCAGACUUUUGACGCUGGAAUGUGCCCUUGUCAAUAGACGUGGUGUGGAAAGUUUCAUACAACAUUUGUUACAGCUUGCAUUCAAAGAACUUGGAAAAGAAAUUGAAAAAGUUGAACAAAAACACUCGCUUGAAGCGCCAAUGAUGAUAACUGCGGCUGCUUACACUUUGGAAAUUUUGCGAAAACAUGAUAUUAGUCUAAACUUCAAAAUGGAUUUGGAAAAUCAACCAGCUGCAAUGACUUACUUAGGUGAAGAACUUUUUAAGUGUAUACAGCACUGCAAACAAGACCAUUUGCGUGAGGUUUUAAUGUUAUUGUGCGCAGCAUUACGUCUAAACCCACUCAUUUUAGAGCAGGACAUCUUCCAGAUAACAACAUGGAUGAUUGUCGCUGAAAAAAAGGAUCAAGAAGAGCAUGUUUUAUUUGGCGAAUAUCUCGUAUCCCUAAUGGACAUGUUUCGUCGUUUAAGUCGGGUAGAAAAACUCGUUUUUAACAUGCUCAAAAGCCUUAAAGAAUGGUUAAGCAAAUUCGAAAUUGUAUCAAAUCGUAAGACGGAAAAAAAAUUGAAACGAAAAUCGAUGGGAGGCGAUGAGAACGCCGUUAAGAAAUCAAAGCCCCACAAAGCAGCUUUGGACUCCGACAUAAAUUAUUUGAGCAUUAUUUUCGAAGAAUUUCAUAAUGUAUCAACAGAUAUUAAUUUCGAAAGUAGUACCGAAGAUAAUAAUUCUUUUCCAUAUCUUCGAGCAGCUUGGCCAUCAAAAAGUGUUGGUGUUGCCUUCUCAAAAUUAAUAACCGGGCUUGUGUCUAAACCUUCUCUAGUAAUUUGGAAGUCAUUGCUUUAUUCAUUGAGGGAGCUACUACAAAAAAUCGAAAAAGAAAGUGAUUCCGAAUGUGACGAGAAUAACCAAUUCCUAUUGGAUCUACAUUCUGCUUUACUGUGUCAGUAUUUUUCCGGUUGCCGUCUGGGCGAGCAAUAUGAUAAAUUUUCGAAAGAAAUAAAUGGACAGAUUCAAAUAACCGAGGAAGUGCUUUCCGAGUUUGCACGGCUGCUCCUCAAGCAAGAGCAUAAUGAACGUAAAUUAAACGCACUACUGGAAUUUGCGUUUCAUACAAGUAACUUUAAACUUCUACUUCAUUACUAUCGUCCUGAUGGGCACAAUGACAAAUCACCAGUACCAGAGGGACUUCAUGCAUUUCUAAAUACCGAAGAGUGGAAAUUAUUACAAGAACGUGUAAAUAAUUUUGGUAAAUCACAAAGUAAAUUUCUUUAUAAUCGGCUGAUGCUCCAACGUGCGCAAGCACUAUCACUUUUAAAAGCAACAGUAGAAAGCAAUAUUGACUUAAAAUCAAUAUUGUCUUUAACAAGUGUUGACAAUUGGCAAUCUGACGUCACGUUGCUACUGCAAAAAAUGCCCAGCAUGAAGUGGACUCUCAGUCGCAUGAAUCAACAGGAGAAGGCUAGUAUGUUACCACGCCUGCUAGAUACAAAACACGAAAUAAGUGUAAUUGCAGACGAUUUGGAUUCUUUGGAAAUACUGGCAAUUGCUGUGUGUGCACGUUUUUCCCAACUAUUUGCUACUGCUGCUAAGGGUUCCAUAUUGUCUGCCUUAAAUUGUGAUUUCGAUACAUUAAACGAGUAUAUACGUGCUGACCAGAAUGCAGCCGAUAAAAAGUUACUAAACUUCAUGAAAAUUAUUGAAACACACGCCCAAAGUGAAUACAAAGUUAAAAAACUUCCGGCACAUGAAGAAAUAGAAAAGGUUUUACAUCUUAGUCGGCAAUUACCACUUGGACAUCUACGACGACAAAGUAAAUGCUUGAUAUUCGCGUUAUUUUUAGCAUUUUAUAGCGAUUUGAGUGUAGCGAAUAACACAGAAAUCAAUAAUUACGCUUCCGAAGUAUUCGAAAUAAUUUUAGAUUUUCUACACUUCGGACAACAUGUACCGAUCUUCAAAUAUUUUUCAUUGUCAACAAUUUUACAAAUUAUACCUGUCGCAAAGUUAUGGCAAUUUUAUGAAUAUAUUUUUUCCACCAUCAAAUCCGAGGAAAAAGGCAGCGAGCAGUUUCUCACCUCCUUAGCUGAAAACUUAGAAAUCGCAGAAAGUUCCGAUUCAAAACUUAGUGACGAUCAGCGACGUCUUCUUCUAAUCGCCAUAGAAACGCUCGCUGCAAUUAGUGGGCCUAGCGCUAAACGCAUACGAAAACAUUUUGACCGUAUUUUAGCAAUUUACUCCAAAUAUAUAACAAUUUACUUUAAUAAACAAGCAGCAAAAGGAUCGGAUGCUUCAUUAGAUAACUCCGCCAAGAAGGAUAAGAAAUUUGUUGAAAAAACUUUAGCCGGUUUCGCGCCGUUUGCGAAUUCAGUACUAGCAAACGCGGCGACUGGAUUAAGUGAUGGGGAUGAUAAAUCUGCUGUAUCAGUAGAUGAAAACUUUCGGCGAAUUUGUAAAAUAUACAUUGGGCACUCAAUGGACUACCGUAAUCCAUACGCCAUACGUUUGCUGCAAGUGGCGUUAAAUCAUCGGCAAAUUUUACAUUUGGAUCAAGACGAAAUUGAGUUUGUACUUAGCCACUAUUGGGAACAACUGAAUGCAGAUUUGAAGAACACAAGUAUAAAUGAAGCGAAUACAUGCAAAACGACAGAAACUGCAGUUAAAAUGAUAAUUGGUAAUAAAACUAAUGAAGACUUGUUGCUGACACUACAGAGUCUAACAAACAAUCUGGAUGAUAUAAAGGAUUUCAGAAAUGUCUUGAGAUGCCUUGAAUUGAUAGCAAAAUGUUCUUUCAGUACAAUUAAAGGCGCUAUUUUUAAUGAUAAAUUUAAAUCAAUCACGUGCAACAUCAUAUUACGUCUUGGCAAGGAUGAGCAUCAGCAAUUUCUGGACAAGGAACAAGUAUUGGCAAUAUUGGCAGCGCAGCAAUCAUUAGUCGAAAAUAAAAUGAUUCCCAUUUCAACGGACACUUUGGAUGACAUACUUUCACUUCUUAUGGACAUCAACAUAAAACAAUUUCCACUCUCUGAAAAUAAUUUGGAAACAUUUAAGCAAUUACAUUGUGCAAUGUGUGGCUUAUUCAGUAGUCUGAUCAGACAAAGGCAUGUACUACUGAUGGAUCGUGUACCACAAUUUAUGCACAUUUUUAAGGACCUCGUACAAUCGAUUGUUUGGUACAAGAGUGAUCGUCAAAAGGAUGCAGCUUUAUCGGCCAAUGAGUUGGACGAUUUAGCCGAGCUGGCAAUGAAAUUAGAGGCCUUAAUGCAUUUGAUAGCAACACAUAGCGUACAUGUUAAGCGUGUUGCGCCAUUUAUUCUUACUUUUGUUAUUAGCCUUAUUGUCGCAAAUAAGCGUGCAACUACUCUAUAUCCGAAGAUUAAAACACAUAUUGAUAACAUUUGCUAUGAUUUGAUUGGAAUUUGCGAUCACCGAGUUGGACGAUUUAUAUUACGUUGUUCGAAUGAAGCAGCCCGCCAGGUGUACGAGUUGUAUGUUAAAGAUCAUAAAAAGUAUCACAAAUUUAAGGGUAAAGUAUAAACUUUUGUGUAUUAGUUUUAAAUAGUGUAAAAAUUUCAAUAAAUCAAUUAUAUGUUAA